AUGAAGACAGUAUCGAAUAGAGAAGGCAUGGUAUAGAUAUAUUCUCAUACGAGUAUCAGUUAUUCUUGUAUUAGGAGGUUUAAUUAUAAUGGACUAGGCUGACUAUGCACACAUAAAUACGGAAGAAAUAAAUAGUUCUACUUAUAGAACUAUCAUAAUCUGCACUUUCAACUUAAGCAAAGAUUUAAUCAUCUUCCCAUCUGUAAAUGCUGUGAAAGACUACUGCAAAACUAAAGAUUUACCAGAGGGUUGCGAAGAGUAUAAUCUGAUUUUGCAAAAGCAGUACAAUGGACAAGCUAUACCCUUACUUGAGGUGAAAUUCAGCAAAAGCAAAACAUUUGGUUCUAAAAAGCUCUUCACUAUUGAUAAAUUCCUAUCUGUUCCUCGGGAGUCAAACAGACUAUUUGAUAAAAGCAUUGACAGAUAUACAUUCUGCAGUGUUUAUAAAAGUUCCGGCAAAAAGCAUAAUAAGUACACAUUCAAAUUCGAACCAGAUCCUCGGGAUCUGUCCAAAACCUUCGAGACCUAUUUGUAUUAUCAUAGUAAAGCUCACUUUGGUGAUAUACCUAACAUAACAAAUCAUUGGGAAAAAUUUAGAUGGAUCCUUACUAACAAAUACCCAAAGCAUAAGUACACUUACUCUUUAUUCCUAUUAGAUGAUGGUCAGCCCUCAAUGACUGAUAACAUGGACGCAUCUAAAAUGGAAUUGGAUCCUAAAAAUGUAUUAAUACAGAGCAAACCAUGGAUGGAUAAAACACUUCAUUCGUCUAAUGAAGUAGCUACAUUGUUACAUUUGAGUGAUAAUCAUGCAACGAGGGGUAUUAGACAAGUAGCUUGUUUAAGGAUUCAUAAAUCAGAUUACCUGCAAGGCUUAGAAUCUGAUAGUAUAUAUUCCCUAAGCACCGAAGAAUUGACUUUUAUAACUACAUCUAUUGCCUCCAAAUAUACUUCAGAAAAGAAUACUUCAUUAAGCAAUUCAAUCCCAACUUCGAAUAAGAUGUUGGAUAAUUUAACAUUAAUAGCUUAG